ACAGAUCAAAUCUCACCUACAUGUACUAUGGCUGCCUAAGAUCAGCUCUCACCUCUCUGUACUAUGCCUACCUCAGAUCACCUCUCACCGCCAUGUACUAUGGCUACCUCAGAUCACCUCUCACCUCCAUGGACUAUGCCUACCUCAGAUCACCACUCACCUCCAUGUACUAUGCCUUCCUCAGGUCACCUCUCACCUCCAUCAACUAUGCCGACGUCAGAUCAAAUCACACCUACUAUGCCUACCUCAGAUCACCUCUCACCUCCAUGUACUAUGCCUACCUCAGAUCACCUCUCACCUCCAUGUACUAUGCCUACCUCAGAUCACCCCUCACCUCCAUGGACUAUGCCUACCUCAGAUCACCACUCACCUCCAUGUACUAUGCCUACCUCAGGUCACCUCUCACCUCCAUCAACUAUGCCUACGUCAGAUCAAAUCACACCUACUAUGCCUACCUCAGAUCACCUCUCACCUCCAU